UCGUAACACUUUGAUUAUAAGUGCGAUUAAGCAACCUUAAAACUCACUAAAUUACUUGCACAUAUAAAGAGGUUUAAUAACUCCGGGCGCGCAGAGACACGCCCCUCCGGAUGACGCCAGCGAUCAUGUGACAGCGACACGGAAGAGAAUGAGCAGAGAUGAGCGUCUCACUGGAUAUCAGACUGAAACGAGCGAAUAAAGUGUAUCAUGAAGGGGAGCGGCUGACCGGAGUGCUGGUCAUCAGCAGCAGAGACGCGCUGCAGCAUCAGGGAGUUUCUCUCAGUCUGGACGGGCUGGUGAACCUGCAGCUGAGCUCCAAGAGUGUCGGAGUGUUCGAGGCGUUCUACAACUCUGUCAAGCCCAUUCAGCUCGUGUCCAGCAACAUGGAGGUGGUGAAACCAGGAAAAUUUCCAGCGGGAAGAACCGAGAUCCCGUUUGAGUUUCCGCUGCAGGCCAAAGGCAACAAAGUCCUGUACGAGACGUACCACGGCGUCUUCGUCAACAUACAGUACACGCUCCGCUGCGACAUGAGACGCUCGCUGCUCGCCAAAGACCUGAGCAAGACCUGCGAGUUCAUGGUGCACUGCCAGCCACAGAAGUCGAAGCUCCAGCUGAAUCCGGUGGAUUUCAGUAUCACACCAGAGACGCUGCAGAACGUGAGAGAGAGGACCUCGUUACCCAAGUUCCUGAUCAAAGGUCACCUGGAUGCCACCAGCUGUGCGAUCACGCGACCUCUGACCGGCGAGCUGGUGGUGGAGAGGUCUGAGGUCCCCAUCAAGAGCAUCGAGCUGCAGCUGGUCCGUGUGGAGACCUGCGGCUGUGCGGAGGGAUACGCUAGAGACGCCACAGAGAUCCAGAACAUCCAGAUAGCUGAAGGAGACGUCUGUCACGGCCUCUCCAUCCCCAUAUACAUGGUGUUUCCUCGGCUCUUCACCUGCCCCACGCUUGAAACCACCAACUUUAAAGUCGAAUUUGAGGUGAACAUUGUGAUUGUUCUUCACGAUGAUCAUUUGAUAACAGAAAACUUCCCACUGAAGCUGGUCAGAGUUUGAGUCCAAAAUCAACAUCUGAAGCCUUUGGAUUUGUCGCAAGAGGUUUUUUUGUUUGUUUUUUCCUAUGAAUGAAAAUUGCUCUACUCACUGUUAAUUACAUUAAAAGAAACUUUUGAUCAUGAGUGAAUAUGGACUGCUGCUCCUGUAAAGUAAAAGUGUUUAUUAAACUCAUCCGCUCACCCGA